AUGUGGAUGGACGACAGCAAUUCCAACGAAAACGUCAUGUACACGGGCUACAUGCGCGCACCGUCGUCGGCGUGGUGGCUGCUUUGCAAGCUCCUCUUGCGCUUGAGCCUCGCGGGUUGCGUCGGCGUCUGGAUGUGGCAUGCGUACUUUCGGCACUUGCCGCGCCUCGUGGCCAGCUUGGAAGCGUACGGCCUUUGCGACGCACCAAUCAGCGCGACGCUCGAGGUGGUCGUUGGCGACCCCACGGCGUAUGUCCUCUUGCACCCGAUGGUUUCGAUCGCGUUUGUAUUGGACUUUUGGCUCUCGGUCGACUUUGUCGCGCGCGCCAUGAACCGCAUGGUCCAAGCCACCGAUGCGUCAUCGUUCGUCGUCGCCUGCGUGUACCUCUCGCGCACCGUCUGGUUUGGCUAUGGCACACUUCUUGCGAUGAGCACUGUGCUGCGGUACUGCAGAAUCUACCGACCUCGCUUUGUCGCCGUCGACCCCACGACGAUUGCGAUCCUAUUGACGCUGGCCGCGGGGCCGAUCACGCGGCUUCAGAGCCAGACGCCAGCGCUGGCUCGAGUUUGCAAUAACCUCUUUACCUGCCUUGCGCCGUCGCCCGAUGAAAUCGACGUGGGCGUCGCCGCGCUCGUGUAUACGCUCAUCAUUGGCGUCCUUCCGUUGCUCCUUGGGUUUGUGUUGUCCGCGUGUGCGCGGGCCCGGGCCGUCGCACGCCAGUCGCUGCGUCGUCGCAGUCUCUCGUCGCUCAAAGAGGGUCCCCAUGUUGCUAUGAUCCACGCAUCGUUUGCCAACAACGACUGGAAGAAUCACAUCAUGACGACCUUAAGCAUUCACCCGUGGACGGCGACGUUCACGUGCGUUGGCGGCAGUGUCUACGAUCUCUUUGAUAAACAGCCAAAGUAUUCGCGCAACAUGGCGCUGAGUCUCCGCGGAGCCGACUGCUUUGUGCUCUACUCAACGCCUCUCAAAGCGUACAUUUCCGAGCCCUUUCCAUGGCACCACGUGCCCAUGCAAGGAAUACCGGAUCAAUGCGACCGCAACUUUACAGCCUGCGCGCCGACGUUGCUUUUGGCGCUGCAAAACCAAAGCCAGCAACUCGGUCCUGGCCAAGUGUACCUCGCCACAGACCGGUUCGACCUCGUGCGCGUGAGCUUCGCAGCGUUGCCCGAUCCAAGCGACGCCGACACAUUCUAUCUCACGUUACCCUACGCGUCGUUCUACUCGAUCCAGCAGCGGAAGCUUUUCAGCGCCAUCGCUCGGCGCGAAAUGAACGCAUCGGCGUUUGCCACCACCGAGCUCUCGCUCUUUCUGGGCAUUGCGAUCUCGUACAAUGCCAUUUGGAUUGCGCCGAAUACCCAAAAUGCGUCCAGCGAUCUAUUUAUUUGUGCUGCACGCGUGGCUUUUCCCACGUGGUGGCUCUGGCUCAAAUUCGCGUAUCGGCUCGUUUUUGGCGUCUAUCUGCUCAUGUGCAUGUGGCGGCUCUACUUUGCGCAGUACGCCACGCUGGUCGCAAAUUUAGAGCGCUACGGUAUCGAAGCGGCAGCUGUUGGGUCGACGCUCACGCUGGUCGUGGGCGACCCCACGAGCCUCAUUUUGGUGCACCCACGAGUCAUCCUCGGCUUUGUUCUGGACUUUUGGAUGAGCGCCGAUUUUGACGGACGCGCCUAUCUUCGCGUCGGCCAAGUCGUCGACCCGCUCCAGUUCUUCGUGGCGUGCUUGUACCUCUCGCGCACGCUCUGGUUCGCGUACGGCGCGGUGGUCGCCACUUCGAACCUCAUGAAGCGCUGUGGUUUGGCCAAAUAUUUCCACGGCGUCGACCCGACGUACACGGCGAUUGGCGUCGCGGUCGUUGCCGGACCGUUUACGUUUGUGCAAAUGCAAAUUCCAGCCCUCUGCAAGCUCUACAACACGCUCUUUGUUGCUCUCGCGCGCCGCGACGACACGAUCGACAUUAGCCUCGCGGCGCUUGUCUACACUACGCUGAUUGGAGGCCUCCCCCUUGUGUUUGGGCUUUGGCCGCGUCUCAUGUUUUGGCGCACGCGACGACCGAUCCAGUUUGCGGGCGGCAGUAUCUAUACCCUGUUCGCCAAAGACGAGACGUGGAAGGCAAUUCUUGGCGUGAGCCAGCGCAGCACCGACUGCUACGUGCUCUACGAUGUGCCUGGGAACAGCUCACACCAACAAGGCGUUCGACUCAGCCUCACGGCCCGCGUCGAGAAGCGACGACAGCUUGUGCUGCGCGACGCGAGCACCGGUACUUCGGUGGGACACAUCGCAUUUGAAAAAGACGACUCAAUUUCGCUGGUGCAAGGCUCGCAUGGUGUCGCCUGGAUCAUGUAA